AUGCCUUCGGCGAAGAAAAGGAAGGAGGAUACAGCGGCCGCGCCCCCCUCUGCGGAGAAAGGAGGCGACAACACUCGCACCUCCCCAGCCUGGUCGCCCUCGCGAGACCAAGGGGAGCAUCGUCAGGAGGAGUCAGCCCCUGUGGCCCCGCUGGCUCCGAAAGUGCUGGCGCCUGGCUCGGCUGAUGAGGUCCCAAAGGCUCAGGAGCCCUUGAUUUCCCAGGCUCUGGUGACAACGCUGCCCCCUCCUCCUGCUGCACGUCUGGCCCCAGGUUCUUCUGCUUCCUCUGCCGUCUUGGAGCGCGUCCUUUCAGAGAUGGCCCAGCUGUGGGAAGAUCUCCUGGGCACGGACCCACGCCUGGUAGUGGGGCGCAUGGAGCUGGCCUCUGGCUGGCUUCACUCCGACUCGGCCGUUCAAGCAUCGCUGAGCCAGGCUGCGGCGGCCUCCGAGAAGGUCAAGCAGGCCGCCACCAAAGCUACGGCUGACCGCGAGGCGGCGUUGAAGCACGCCGAUGCCGCCCGCGACCGCUGCCGAGAGCUGGAGGACGAGCUGAAGAGCCUGCACGACCAGCGCGCAGAAGAAGCACGUGGCCGUCAGGCAAAGGAGGAGGAGAUGAGGGCCCGGGAGGAUGCCAUCAAGGGCCGCGACACCGAGCUGGGAGAGAUGGCGAAGGCGCAGCUGCUGGAGCCUGUAGCUGAUGAACACUGCACGACUGCCGCCGCAGCCGUGAAAGGUCAAGUGGAGGCCCUACUGAAGAAGUUCCAUGGCUUCGUCCUCGUGCCCUCGACCGGCGAUGCCAUCGAUCCUGCGGCCCCGGCUGACGGUGCAGGCGAAGGCGAUGCCACCAAGGGAGGAGCACCUUCUGCGGGUGAUGGCAAUGUCCAGGGGUGA